AUGCAGUCGAUUAAACCUAACGAAUUACCACAAAAUCCCUAUGAACGUUCAAAUAUAUUUGCACGUUUGUGUUUUUUUUAUACACUACCAACGUUUUUUAAGGGAAGGAAAAAAACAUUGGAUACAAAAGACUUAUAUAGAGCUUUAAAAGAGCAUAAAGCAGAAACGCUUGGUAAUAAACUGUGCCAAUCAUGGGAGAAGGAAUUAAAACUAACCGAGAAUUCCAAAAGAGAACCCAAUCUUUUGCGGGCCACAAUGCGAGUCUUUGGUUGGCGUUUUGCUCUCCUAGGCUUAGUGUUAUUUAUACUGGAAUUGGGUUUCAGAACUUUACAACCGUUAUUCCUAUUGGGUUUAAUUGCUUAUUACACGAGCGGAGAAGAGAAUAUUCAAAGGGCGUAUGUUUAUGCAGCUGGUGUAAUAUUAUGCAGUGCAUUAAAUGUCAUCAUAAUGCAUCCGUAUAUGUUGGGGACAAUGCAUAUAGGUAUGAAAAUCCGUGUAGCCAUGUGCAGUAUGAUAUAUCGUAAGGCGUUACGAUUAAGUAAAACAGCGUUGGGUAACACCACCGCUGGCCAAAUAGUGAAUUUAAUAUCAAACGAUGUUGGCCGUUUGGAUUUGGCUAUGCUUUUUAUUCACUACUUAUGGGUGGGACCAUUAGAGACCCUAUUGAUUACGUACCUGAUGUAUAGAGAAAUAAAAAUUGCUGCUGUUUUUGGUGUUGCCUUUAUGUUAAUGUUUAUACCACUGCAAGGUUGGCUAGGUAAUAAGACAUCUGUUUUACGUUUACGUACUGCUUUGCGUACCGAUGAACGCGUCCGAAUGAUGAAUGAGAUAAUAUCGGGCAUCCAAGUUAUUAAAAUGUACGCUUGGGAAAUGCCCUUUGGCCGGAUGGUUGAAUUUUCUCGCAAAAAGGAAAUUAACAGUAUCCGACAGUCUUCCUAUAUACGCGGUAUCUUAUUAUCCUUUAUUAUGUUUUUAACCCGCGUCUGUAUAUUCUUAAGUUUGGUUGGGUUUGUUCUGCUUAGCAAUUUCCUUACGGCUGAACAAGCUUUUGUCAUCACAGCUUAUUAUAACACAUUAAGAAGCACCAUGACAGUAUUUUUUCCACAAGGUAUCACGCAAUUGGCCGAAACUUUAGUAUCAAUUAAGAGAAUACAAAACUAUAUGAUGUACGAAGAAACUGAUGUAGUGGACAAGUCGUUGGAUACACUUGAUGCCAAUUAUCCUGGCAGCAAUCAAUCUACGGUAAUAAAAGAUGAUGAUAAGGUUCUGGAUGAUGACGAAGCUGAGAAAGAACCGUUAGUUGCCAAUAGUCAUGCGGUGCUGUCGGAAGCUGGUAUUAUUAUAAAUAACUUAAAAGCCAAGUGGGAUCCAAAAGCUUCAGAGCUUACGCUAGACGAUGUUAAUUUGCGUGUUCAACCCGGAACCUUAGUCGCGAUUAUCGGACCUGUUGGUGCAGGAAAAUCAAGUAUCAUUCAGAGUAUUCUUGGUGAAUUGCGACCUGAGUCCGGGUCAGUUAAAGUGAACGGCAGCGUAUCGUAUGCUUCCCAGGAGCCGUGGUUAUUUACAGGCACGGUACGGCAAAAUAUCUUAUUUGGUCAACCGUUAGAAAAAAAACGCUAUCGUGCUGUGGUGAAAAAAUGUGCAUUGGAACGUGAUUUUGAUUUGCUCCCGUACGGUGAUAAAACUAUUGUAGGUGAACGUGGCGCUUCAUUGUCGGGCGGUCAAAAAGCCCGUAUUAGUUUGGCGAGAGCUGUGUAUAGAAAAACUUCAAUUUACUUGUUAGACGAUCCACUUAGCGCAGUAGAUACCCACGUGGGACGUCAUUUGUUCGAUCAGUGUAUGCGUGGUUUCCUAAAGGAUAACAUUGUUAUUUUGAUAACGCAUCAAUUGCAAUUUUUACAAGCGGCAGAUCAGAUAGUAAUAAUGGAGAAAGGACGCGUAAGUGCAGUGGGCUCAUAUGAGUCGUUACGUGAAAGCGGUUUGGAUUUUGCUCAGCUGUUAGCUGAUCCCGAAAAAGACGAGAGCGCAAAUAAUACCACACGUUCCCGUUCUGGCAGUCAUUUAGUUAAUCGCCAAAAUAGUGAGUCGUCUUUAUGUUCGAUCGCAGACUCAUGUCUAGAGGAAACGCCGCAGCAGGUGCAGGAAACCCAAGAAGAAGGCCAAAUUGGUUUCUAUUUGUAUAAGAAAUAUUUUAAAGCCGGCGGCGGUAUUUUCAUGUUCAUUGUAAUGUUAACCUUUUGUAUUAUGUCACAAAUCUUGGGUUCGGCCGGUGACUACUUUUUGUCAUAUUGGGUCACUAAAAAGGAUAGAUUGCAAGCUGAUAGUAAAGGAUUACAAUUGCAAAGCGCUUUGGCUGACCUGCCAAACAACAGCACCGAAGUACCAAGUACAGAUAAUUCUCACAAUAUCGAGUCACAAAUAUCUGGUUUCUUGUCACAAUACAAUGUUUAUAUUGAUCCGGAAAUGAUAGAUAUUUACGUUUUUACUAUUAUUACGGUAGCGACAAUUGUGAUAACGGUUGCCCGAAGUUAUUUAUUCUUUAAUAUGGCCAUGAAAGCAUCGACCAAUUUACAUAAUGCCAUGUUUCGCGGUAUAACCCAAGCAGCCAUGUAUUUUUUCAAUACAAAUCCCUCCGGACGUAUACUUAAUAGAUUUUCCAAAGAUAUGGGACAAAUUGAUGAAAUUUUGCCAUCAGUAAUGAUCGAUGUGAUACAAAUCUUUUUAAGCCUAUUCGGUAUAGUGCUUGUCAUCGCUGUAGUUAAUCCAUUAGUUUUACUACCCACUCUCCUAUUGGCCAUAAUAUUUUAUAAUCUGCGCACAUUCUAUUUGAAGACAUCUAGAAACGUGAAACGCUUGGAAGCUAUAACUCGAUCUCCUAUUUAUUCGCACAUGGCUACCUCGCUUACGGGUCUGUCAACGAUAAGAGCUUUCGGAGCUCAGCGCGUACUAAUCAAUGAAUUUGAUAAUCAUCAGGAUUUGCAUAGCGGUGUGUUCUUUAUGUUUAUUUGUACAUCGCGUGCCUUUGGAUAUUGGUUGGAUUGUUUUUGUGUUCUCUUCAUAGCCAUUGUAACGUUAAGUUUUUUCAUUUUUGCACCGGCAAAUGGCGGCGAUGUCGGCUUGGCUAUUACCCAGGCAUUAGGCAUGACCGGUAUGGUUCAAUGGGGGAUGCGACAAUCGGCUGAAUUGGAAAACACCAUGACCGCUGUGGAACGUGUUGUCGAAUAUGAUGAUAUUGAGCCGGAAGGCGAGCUAGAAUCUAAAUUGGAUAAAAAACCACCCGAUUCGUGGCCGGAAGAAGGCAAAAUUAUAUUCGAUGAAUUAAGUUUGCGAUACUUUCCUGAUCCGAAAUCCGAGUAUAUACUGAAAGGGUUAACUUUUGAAAUAAGGGCCAGUGAGAAAAUUGGCAUUGUAGGACGUACCGGAGCUGGUAAAUCAUCUUUAAUUAAUGCUUUAUUCCGUCUUUCUUAUAAUGAGGGCUCGAUAAUUAUUGAUCAGCGAGAUACAAAAAGCAUGGGCUUACAUGAUUUACGCAGUAAAAUAUCAAUUAUACCGCAAGAACCCGUUUUAUUUUCGGGAACUAUGCGUUACAAUUUGGAUCCAUUUGAUGAAUAUUCCGAUGCUAAAAUAUGGGAAGCCUUAGAUGAGGUAAAAUUGAAAAAAGUUGUUCAAGAACUUCCAAGCGGAUUGGAGAGUAAAAUAUCGGAGGGCGGUACCAAUUUCAGUGUCGGUCAAAGACAAUUGGUUUGUUUGGCUCGUGCGAUUUUAAGAGAAAAUCGUAUUUUAGUUAUGGAUGAAGCAACAGCCAAUGUGGACCCACAAACCGAUGCCUUAAUUCAAAUUACAAUACGUAAUAAAUUUAAACAUUGCACUGUCUUAACGAUAGCCCAUCGUUUGCAUACGGUUAUGGAUUCCGAUAAAGUUUUAGUUAUGGAUGCCGGUCAAGUAAUGGAAUUCGGUACACCUUAUGAAUUGCUUACAGAAAGUCCAAAGAAAAUUUUCCUAGGCAUGGUUAAGCAAACGGGUAAAUCAACUUAUGAUAAUUUAUUAAAAAUUGCACAAAAGGCUCAUGAAGAAUCUCUUAAACAGAAACUGGAGUAAAAAAGUUUACUUGGUGGUCAAUUAUGAAUUUACUUAAAUUUUGCCGUAACUAAAGACUCAUCAGUUCCUCAGUAUGGUCAGGAUAAUAUACAUAUAUAUAUAUAUAUAAAUUUUUUUCUUAUUUUAAUAUAUGUUAGUUAAUUUCAUUUUGAAAUUAGUUUAAAAUGUAUUUCAAUUUCUAAAUAUGUUAUACUGUGUUAUACUUUUAGUUUUGAUUUUUUUUUCUUUUUUUUAAACUGGUUUCCUUAGUUCUUAAGAUGUUCAAAUUUAGUUCUUUGAUAUAAGUAAAAAGAUUUCUAACUGAGAACAUAUAAUUUAAUGUAUUACUAUAUACAUACUUAAAUUUUCCUUUCUAUUGUAAGGAAAAUAUGACAAACCAACCUACCAAUAUAUGCGUAAGUGUAUUUAUGUGCCUUUC